ACGCACUCCACCCUCCUGAGUGUAAGUGCUGUCUGACUAAUGAGAGGCAUGUGACACAGCAGUGAGACCUGCACACUGACUCGCCCCCUCAGCUGUGAACACUCAGCCAAUCACAAGCCUCAGCACAGCAGAACAACCAAUCAGCACAGCGGCCGCUGCCAGGAACAACCAAUCAGCAUCUCUGCCUCCUCCUCCUCAAACCAACUCAGAAGAUUCUAACUCCACAAACACUUCACAUCCAGGAAGAAGAAGCUUCAGAGUCACCGGGAGGAGGAGGAGGAUUGUGCGGAGGACUGUGCGGAGGACUGUGCGGAGGACUGAGACCCAAAUAGUGAGAGCGGGUAAAAGACAACAAGGGAAUGUGAUGUGCAGUAAAGGGCGGUAGCGUCAGUCCAGCCUCCAUGACUGCCCCGGUGGCCGAAGCCUUCAGCCAUGUCCUGGCAGAAUUUGACUCCCUGGACCCUUUGCUGUCGGCCCUGCGCUUAGAUUCCAGCAGAUUGAAGUGUACCUGUCUUGCUGUGUCCCGGAGAUGGCUGGCUCUUGGAAGCUCAGGGGGCGGCCUGAACCUCAUCCAGAGGGACGGCUGGAAACAGAGGCUUUUCCUUACCCACAAGGAGGGCGCUAUCUCCAGGGUCGCCUGCUGCCCCCAUGAUAAUGACUUUGUGGUUGUUGCAACCAGUCAGGGGAUUGUGGUCGUCUGGGAAUUGAACCAGGAACGUCGUGGGAAACCAGAAAGGAUCUACGUGUCUUCUGAGCACAAGGGGCGCAAGGUGACUGCCCUCUGCUGGGACUCUGCGGUACUGCGGGUGUUUGUCGGCGACCAUGUUGGAAAAGUGUCCGCCAUCAAGUUAAACUCUGCCAAGCAGGGAAAGGCCGCUGCCGCAUUCGUGAUGUUCCCGGUUCAGAUAAUCACCAGCGUGGACUCGCGUGUGGUGCAGCUGGAUUACAUGGACGGCCGCCUGCUCAUCUCCUCCCUGACCCGCUCCUAUCUGUGUGACACUGAGAGGGAGAAAUUCUGGAAAAUCGGCAACAAGGAAAGAGAUGGAGAAUAUGGGGCUUGUUUCUUCCCUGGAGGACGCAGCUCAGGGGCCCAGCAGUCGAUUCUGUACUGCGCCCGGCCAGGGUCCAGGAUGUGGGAAGUCAACUUCGAGGGAGAAGUGCAAAGUACCCACCAGUUCAAGCAGCUCCUGUCUGCACCGCCGCUGCCUGUCAUCAACAUGCGGUCGGACCCUCAGUACGAUUCCUCCCCUGGUCCUCCUCAGUCUUUAGCCUUUGCCAAGCUCCUGUUUGUCAGCGAUCAGAGCGUCCUGACGUGGACAGAGCGGGGGGUCUAUGUGUUCAUCCCUGAGAAUGCUCAGGUUCUGCUGUGGAGUCAAAUAAAAGGUAUCCAGGACAUAUCUGUAUACAAGAACGAACUAUUCUGCCUCCACGUGGACGGGAAGAUCUCCCACCUCUCCCUGCUUCCUGUGGACAGAUGUGUGGAGCGGCUGAUCAAACGGAACCUGUGGGGUUUGGCGGCCAGAGUCUGCCAUAUAUUCCAGAACGCCAUCAUUACCAGCAAAGCCCGAAAAGCGUUGCCUAUAGAUAAGCUGGAACACCUAAAGUCUCAGCUGGAUCUGGUGGUACAACAAGACCUGAUCGCUCAGAUGGAGGACAUCCUCUCCAGAGCGGAGCCCAUGGACUCUGCCUGCAGCAGCAGGAGGAGCAGCAUCUCAUCUCAUUGCUCUGCUUUUCAGGAGAGUUUUAAUGUGAUGGAUUGUGGGAUCUACCGGGUGAUCAGUCGUAGGAACAGUCAGUCUGAUGAAGACUCCGGAUCACUGCACAGUCAGACGCUGUCGGAGGAUGAGAGGCUGCGGGAGCUUUCUGUACAUCCGGAUGAAGAACAAGCAGAACUGGACACCGUUUCACAUGCAUCUGUGAAUAUGGAGAGCGAUCGGACCGAGCCCCUCCUACCAUUUAACAUCACAUUGCCAUUCCGCUCCACAUCACCCCGUGUGUCUCUACAAGCAGUGAAAGAAAGUGUUUCCAGUUUUGUUCGAAAAACCUCAGAAAAAAUAGGGACCCUCCAUAUGAGUCCAGAAAUUAGGAGAAAGCAGGAGCCGACCACAGAAGAGCAGCCCCUGGAAGUGACUACUAAUGGGGUGACCCAACCAGAGGAGGAGAGGACUGAGGUGGAUCAUGUGCAGCCUCCUGAACCCUCAGUAGAAGAAAUCCUACUAGGCGAGCUAAAGUCUGCCACCUCAGAGGCCCUACAUAAAAUCCAAGAUCCUCAGGUUUUGUUUGACAUUGAAGCCAUGAAGAAAAUCUUGGGGGUUUGGCUCGGACACCUCGAAAGAGCACUCUCGCCCCAAGAGCCUUCCAACCCGCGCCUACCGGAGUCUAGUGAGGAUGUCCUACAGUCACCUGGAUUAGAUGGCGGCCUCAAUGUUGAUGCCACAGAACACAAAGAGAGUCAGGAGGAAAAGACCAUGGUCCACCUGAAGACCGAGGAGCACGUGGGCUUCCGAAUUGAGGCUCCUUUCCUUCUAGAAGAUUCCUUGCACAGGGACGUGUCUCACCUUUCCAUGAUGUGUCUGGAGUUCAGACUGUUCACCAAUGGCGCUCCUUCAGAUCUGGACACUUGUCGCUUCAUACAGAAAUACUUCUUCCUUCUUGACCUUAAGAGAUUGAAACGGUGCAUUUUGCUAAAUUAUGGAGAUGCCCCCGGGGUCUGGAGCACCUACAUUACGGGACUGAAAGAGCUGACCAGUUCAGGAUUGGAGGCCCAGGCCAUAGAAAAGGGUGACCUGGUGCGAGCGGUACAAGCGUUAAACAAUAUGGAGCCGUGGGACAGCCCUCUUCUACUGGCGCAUGUGUCCAGGGUUUAUGAAAAGUUCGGAGAAGCAGCGGCGAGAGCUUUCAUUAAGUUUUACCCAUCAGUCUUACCUGCAGACGUCGUACGGAUUUGUAAGGACAAUCCAGGACACUUUUUAGCAUAUCUGGAUAAUCUUAUCAAGUCAAAACCUGAGGAACAGAGAUUAUCUUUACUACAGUCCCUUGUUCAGCCAGAAUGUCUCAAGCUGGACUGGCUGCUUCUGGCCGUCUCCCAUGAUGCACCUCACCCCAGCAACACCGUAGACCCUGAUGGAAAUCCAAGGCCGCGGUCACACCUGUUCACAUGGGGAUACGGCCAGCUUAUAGGACUCUUAAUUCGGCUGCCGUCUGACUUUGCAACCAAAGAGAAAAUGCUGGAGAUCUGUAAAACAUUUGGAUAUUGGCCGGGUUAUGUCACGCUUUGUCUGCAGCUGGAUAAAAGACAUGAAGCCCUGACUAACAUAGUCCAUCUCGAUGACAUGCAACUAAUUGAUGAGAAAAAUGGUUUAUUGCCAGAGACAAUGGAAGAAUGGAAGUAUAUAGUGCACUUAGCACAAGACCAUCACCAGCACCACAGGGCCAUGAAUGGAGAGGCGUCAAGUGGCGGACAUUGUGAUUGGACGAACUGCAUCACAGUGGAGAAUGUGGCGCUACUCUUAGCUAAAGUCAUCGGUCCGGAUCGCACACUACCGUAUUUACAGGACUGGGGUGUGACUGAGGAAUUGUCUGACAGAUAUUCCAAGAUCUGUAAUGUUAUGGAGGUGGCAGAGAAAAGACAGAGGGCUCUGGUUCAGUCAAUGCUGGAAAGAUGUGAGCGAUUUCUAUGGUCCCAGCAAGUGUAGGGACCCCAGCUACAACAUCGGGAACUCCUGUGCGCAAACUGCCCUGGCAAUAAAUGGCAGCUGACUGUUAGAUACUUCUGUCAGUAUUAUGGAGCCUUCGUGGCUGAUAAGGCUGAAGUCUCACUUGUCUGUUACAUGUUACUGUUUGUUAUAUAUGUGAACCUUAUAAAAUCCGGGAGCCAAGAAGAUACUUAGUAUCACAGUGCAACAAUGGGAAAAAUUAACCAUCCCGAAACGUGUCGAUCCCAUUUUCAUUAUGUAACUUAAAUGUCAUUUAUCCGCUGUGCCGAUAUGGUCUCCAAACUGAUGCCUUCCAGAUGUUGCAAAACUACAACUCCCAGCAUGCUCGGACAGCCAACGGCUGUCCGGGCACGCUGGGAGUUGUAGUUUUGCAACAGCUGGAGCCAUUCUGGUUUGGAAACACUAAUAUAUGUGUACAAUGGCCUUUUGACUCUGGAUGUCAGAGGAGAGAAGAGUCGGGCAAGUGUUCCCCUGCAGAAUAUAUGUGCUAGUGUAUGCAGGGAUGAGGAAUGCAUGCUGUGAGUUAUAGUUUUGCAACAGCUGGAGGCACACUGGUUGGGAAUCACUGAUCUAGGUGUACGAUGGCAUCUAAACUCUCCGUUGACUCUGGAUGUCAGAGGAGAGAAGGGUUGGGCAAGUGUCCCCCUGCAGAAUACAUGUGCUAGUGUACGCAGGGAUGGGGAGCGCAUGCUGGGAGCUGUAGUUUUGCAACAGCCGGAGGCACUCUGAUUAGGAAAUAUUGAUUUAACGAAUGCACCCAUCAAUAAAUCAGUGCAUGCUAGGAGUUGUAGUUUUGCAACAGCUGGAGGCACCCUGGUUGGGAAACACUGAUCUGUGUGUUGACUUGGGAGAGAAGGGUCGGACAAGUGUUCUCCUGCAGAAUACAUGUGCUAGUGUAUUUGUGGGGUUGGGGAGUGCAUGCUUUGAGUUGUAGUUUUGCAACAGCUGGAGGGCCACAGUUUGGAGACCACUGUGAUCGAUAACAUUGCACUAUGUUUCUGCAACCCUGAAGGACACAACUGACCAGUGAUAGGCAGCAAUACGGAGAUAGGUAAGAUUAGCCGUACUGGUCGGAUGUGCCAUACAGGGGGCGCUCUUGGGGGCGCAAAAAGCACAGAACAAAUAUAUUAGGUGCUAAUUGUUACCGAUUUAUUGCGUUUUCAAUGCCGCUGUAGUCAUUAUAUAGCACUAGAAGGAACAUAAUGAACAAUUUAGAGUGGACAAUACUACAUCAAUCUUAUGAAUGCCACCAUGGCAUGAUGGGAGUUGUAGUUUGCAUCAGGUUGGCGAACAACGAUCAAACGAUAAUUUUUUUUUGCUUUUCAGUAUUGUCAGCAAUAUUUCUAAUUUAUCACAAAUCUGUUACAUUGAUGCAAAGUGGUUCUGGGAAAAUAUGCAAAUUAGGAACAAAAUGACAGUAGAACAAAGUGUUCCAAAUACUGUUUCAAAACUACAACUCCCAGCAUGCCCAGACAGCCUAAAGGCUGUCCGGGCAUGCUGGGAGUUGUAGUUUUGCAACAGCUGGAGGCACACUGGUUGCAUACUUCCUUUGCUAAGAUCAAUUUUUCUAAUAUACAGUGAUAAAAUUAAAUGUGCUGAUCCACAUGUUACAUAUCAUCAAUUUUGUUUUACGCUGCUCAGGGGUGGGGCAAAAUUUGUAUGCUCCACCCCCAAGGAUCAGUGUAAAUGAACAAAAAUCUGACAAAUUAGAAAAGGGCAUAGCCCAAGGGCAACACUGUUAUUCUUUGGUUAAAGACAGUUGUCCUGGAUUUCAAAAACAUGGCUAGUGUCCGAAACAGCGCCACACCUGUCCCUCAGAUUGCGUGUGGUAUUACAACUCGGCUGUAUUAAUUUUAAUAGAACUGAGCCGCAAUACAACUCACAACCUGAGGGACUAGAGUGGUGCUGUUCCUGGAAAAAAGCCACUCUAUUUCUAAUUAUGGAUAACCCCUUUUUAUGGGUCUUUUCAUACUGCGCAUAUUUGAUGCUGCAGAUUUGAAGCUAUAUUCAGCCAUUUAGUUUGCCUUGAAAUCUGCAGCAUAAAAUCUGCAGCAUCAAAUAUGCACAGGAUAAAAACAUGGCUACUGUCUAGGACAAAAACAACCUGUCCCUCAGGUUGUGUGUGGUAUUACUUUUUGGUGUAAAUUAUUUCAAUAGAUCUGAACUGCAAUACCACACACAACCUAAGGACGAGAGUGGAGCUGUUUCUGGAAGGAAGCAGCUCUUUCUAAUGCUGGAUUUGUCCAGGAUUUUAAAGGGGUAUUCCGGUGAAAAACAAUUUUUUUAUUUUUUCAUAUCAACUGGCUCCAGAAAUGUAAACAGAUUUAUAAAUUACUUCUAUUAAAUCUUAAUCCUUCCAGUACUUAUCAGCUGCUAUUGUUGAGUCAUUCUUUUCUGUCUGAUCACCUUGCUCUCUGCUGACACCUCUGUCUGUCUCAAGAACUGUCCUGUGCAGGAGAGGUUUGCUAUGGGGAUUUGUUCCUACUUUGGACAGUUCCUGGGACAGAGAGGGGUCAGCAGAGAGCACUGUGGUCAGACAGAAAAAAACUCAA